AUGAAAGUGUGGAUUUUCCUGACGCUUUUCCUGGCGGUUAAAGCCGACCUCCUGGACCUUUAUGUCGAAGACAUGGACCAGGCGAUGCGGCCCAGGGCCAGAAGAGCUCCCAAGGUGCCUUUUAAAAUCGGGGAUUACAAGAAGCAGAAGCUGGAUGUCGAUGACAACUGGACCAUUGGAAAAAAGCAUUUUAAGAACGAGAUUUUGAAUAAAGAUGGCUUGGAGGUUCCUAAUCUUAAGGAACAGAACCAGGACAGAGAUUUCGAGUUGGUUAAGAGCAAUCGGAUGCUGGAAUUGCUGGAGGGAUUUGGAAGGAGGAAGAGAAGUGUUAAUACGAAGACUGAGAAAGUUUUCCAGCCGAGUUUUGUUAAAGGGGAGAUUAAGAGACAGAAGCGCGUUCGAAGGGGUGAUUUGAAAGUUAAGUUUAAUUUUACCAGGCACGAGGUCCUGGAUGACCUUGGUGAUGUCCUGCUGGAAUGGGACAUUUCCGGAGAAGAUGUGGGAUAUUUUAGAGUCACUGCUAGGACUAAGGGGUACGUUGGGAUUGGGUUUAAUGACAAUGGACACAUGAAAGGAGCGGAUAUUAUUCUGACCUGGGUGGAUGACCAUUCUGGUGUUGUCAAUCUUUUGGAUUCACACGGUGAUGAUGAUGCCAAUGCAUCUCCGAUCACAGACGCCUCCCAAGAUGUUAAGAUAGUCGAAGGCUUUCAAAACAACACCCACACCUCAGUUACGUUCUCACGGGCAUGGCAAACCUGCGAUCCAGACGAUUAUCACUUAACCGAAGACAGCGUGAGGGUGAUCUGGGCAAUGCACGAGUCAGACCCCGAAUUGAGCACCCCAGUGUGGCACCAUGAGCACCGAGGAUCCCGCAAGCUGAGAAUCAGAGCUCCAGCGGACAGAAAAGCACCUGCUCACUCUGUUGGAGUCAGGCACUGGGACGUCAAGUUGAACCAAUUCGCCGUGGACGGAAAGGACAAUACUGUCUACUGGUGCAAGAUUUUCGCAGCUCCGGUUAGAGAAAAGCACCAUAUGAUCGGGUAUGAGCCGCUGAUAGACAAAGGCAACGAAGAUCUGGUGCAUCAUAUAAUCCUCUACGAAUGCGCCUCCACAUCUCCGACGUUAAAAGAGCACGCACGGAUUGUUGGGACUGCUUGCUAUACGUCGAUCAUGCCCAGAGAGUGGGACUCUUGCAUCCAACCUAUCGUCGUUUGGACCCGCGGCAGCAAAGGUGAUUGGCUGCCGGAACACGUGGGACUGCCAGUUGCGGAGCACCAAGAGGGCUCGUACUACAUGUUGCAGGUGCAUUACAACAACCCAGGUUUAAAGAAAGCGGUUGAUAGCAGCGGAGUUAGGCUCCAUUUGACCUCAGAACUUCGGCCGCAAGAAGCUGGGAUAUUCGUUUCGGGGAUUGCUGUGUCUCCGUUGCAUCUUAUCCCGCCGAAGCAGAAGGAAUAUGCUACUGCUGGUUACUGCGACACCCGAUGUACCGACGCGCUGCUUCCAAAAGAAGGGGUCAAUGCGGUGUCUGUUGUCCUGCACUCGCAUCUGGCAGGAAGGAAGAUGAGCCUAAAGCACAUCAGAGAAGGCAAAGAACUCCCGCAUAUUGUCAGAGAGAACCGUUUUGAUUUCGAUUACCAGCAAUCCCACAGUUUGCAAGAGGAAGUUAAGAUCCUACCUGGUGAUGAAUUAGUCACCGAAUGCGUUUACGGAACAGAAGAUAGAACGCGGCCAACUAUGGGCGGAUACGCCGCCACACAGGAAAUGUGUCUGGCUUUUGUGGUUUACUAUCCGCGAACCCAAUUGGCAGGCUGCUAUAGCACAUCUCCACCAAAGGAUUUCUUCAAGACUCUGGGGGUAUAUGAUUUCAAGGGAGUUUCUUUGGACAAUUUGGAGAAGCUCUUCCUGACUUCUGGAACUGACGGAGUGAUGCAGCCGUCUACAGUCCAACAACUUCCAGUGUACCCGGCUGUCAGACCCAGAGAUGAAGUGGACCAAGAGGUGAUCAGAGAAGCCCAGUCUGCUUUGAAGGCCAUGGAUGACUUCUCGGAAACUGAAGAUGAGGACGUCAUCUUCACUAGGUUGGUUAUUGACAACCCAGAAGAGUUCCGUGGCAGAACUUUGGCAGAACAUCUCCAAAACUUGCCCUGGACUGAGGAACUCCUUGCUAGGAGCAUCGAGCGAAGCUUCUACCGGGGCAGACACAUGACCUUCUGCCGCAGGCGCGACGAUAAAUUGGCGUUGCCUUCUGUUGUCAGGGAGUUUCCAAACUACACUGCUUUGGUGGAGCCAAAAAGAACUGUAUGCUCGAAAAAAGUCGUCACUUCUGCAGGAAUCAAGAUUCUUCCUAGCUUGAUCAUCAUUUUUGGGUUGUUGAUGAGGCGAACACGAUUCACAGUUCUACCAGUUCGUUCCUGGCAGUAUGUUGGUCUGAUGGUGGUGUCUCUAGCUUGCAUGACACUAGGUCUAGUGUCCAGAGAUCGAGCUGGAAGAUCUGGAAGCCUGGCUGGACCUGAGUUGAAGCACACUGCGCCGCAUGAAGUUGACGCUUGCCCAAAUGAGCUAGCCAUGCUCUUUCGAUCGCUUGGUGACGACCCGGCUGCCAAAGGACUUGAAUAUGACUACCGAAUCGACCCCUACAAACUGGACCAAUCAAGAAUAUCAAGAUCCAGGUCCCUAGAUCGCGUCGAUGCACGACGAAUAGCUCUUCGAGAAGUCGAUGCUCGGUUGGAGAGUCGAAGACUGAACAGAAACUUAAGAGAAAACCAAAGACUGAACCGCGACAGGCAAUUGGAGAGUCAUAAUAGAAUCCGAAGUGUUGAGAGCCGUCAGAAUCGCGGCGAAAUCCGCGCUUCAGUUCGGGAUCGACGAGUUGAGGAAACUCGAGUUCGGGAUCUACGAAACCGAGACGUUUCGCGGAGUAGACGACUUGAAACCCGGGAAAAUUCACGAGAUCGAUGGGUGGAUUCUAGAGCAGUUGAAAGAAGGCUUGCUGAAGCUUCUAGAGUGCGUGAAUCACGAGACGAACGUCGUGUGGCUUCUAGAUCGUUAGAUUCACGUGAACGACGAGUUGUAGAAGCAUCUAGAGUUCGAGACGCACGAGAUGAACGUCGUGUGGCUUCUAGAUCACUAGAUUCACGUGAACGGCGAAUUGUUGAAGCUUCUAGAGCUCGUGAAUCACUUCAACGUCAGGAUCGAGUUCGUGAAUCACGAGAUGAACGUCGUGUGGCUUCCAGGUCGCUAGAUUCGCGUGAGCGACGAAUUGUUGAAGCUUCUAGAGCUCGUGAAUCAACUAGACGUCUUGAUCGAGUUCGUGAAUCACGAAAUGAACGUCGUGUGGCUUCCAGGUCGCUAGAUUCACUUGAACGACGAGUUGUAGAAGGAUCUAGAGUUCACGAAUCGCGAGAUGAACGUCGUGCAGCUUCUAGAUCACUAGAUUCACGAGAGCGACGAAUUGUAGAAGCAUCUAGAGUUCGCGAAUCACAAAACGAACGUCGCGGAGCUUCUAGAUCAUUAGAUUCACGUGAACGGCGAGUUGUAGAAGCAUCUAGAGCUCGUGAAUCGCGAGAUGAACGUCGUUCUGCUGCUAGACUGUCAGAACAUCGUGAAAAACGAUCUGUUGAAGCUUCCCGAGUUCGCGACGAACGCAGGGUAUCUGAAAUCCGAGGACGUGAUGCACGGGAUCAACGUUUUUCUGCUACUAGAGUAGAAAGUCUAGGAAAACGUGAAGCAGAAAGCUCACGAAUUCGCGAAAUCCGUGAAACUCGAAAUGAACGGAGGGUCCGUGAUAACAAUGCUCAACGUGCUCCUUUGAUCAGCCGAAUUCGACGGGAAUCCAUCUCUCGGGAACGGCUGACUGAUGAUCGCAAAGCUGAUACGAUCAGGGUAUCAGAAGAAGAUCAGAUCCGACUUAACUACCUCAAGUUGCCAGAAAUUAGUGCUAAAGCUGACUACGAGUUCAUCAAACAGGCUCUUGUGGCUGGAUUGUUCACUAUCUACGCUGUUUCUAUCUUCCAGGGCAAGGCUAGCUACUUCAGGUCCAUCAUCCCCCAAGCUCGUCUUGCAGCCUGGUGA